AUUCCCAACUCCGACUUUUGGACCCGCACUAUACUCUCCGCCAGACUCAUGUACUACGCUGUUGAUUACUACGCGGAUAUGGGACAGAUCUCUCAAGAUUGCUACGCUGCAACUAAGAAGGGAACCUCUGACCUGGACAUGGACGAUCUCGAUGACCUGGACCAGGUCACCCAGGUGAUUGGCUAUCAUCCCCAGUUCCAUGAUCACUUUCUACGCACCCAGAACUUUAUCAUGAAGGGCGAUGGCCCAUUGCCGAAUGAUUACCGCUACUAUUUGGCCAUAAUUGCCGCUGCUCGACAUCAGUGUCCUUACCUGGUAAAGCGCUACGAAAAGGAGUUCAUCAACCAGGGUGGAGACAAUGCCUGGCUGGGCGGCCUGGACUUUAUACCCGCCAAACUACGUGCCAUAUACGAUAUCAAUAAAAUAUUAGCCCAUCGUCCCUGGCUGCUGCGCAAGGAGCACAUCGAGCGGCUAACCAAAGGGAAGAACAGUUGGUCCCUGUCGGAGGUGGUUCAUGCCAUGGUCCUGCUUUCGCACUUCCACUCGCUCUCCUCCUUUGUUUUCUCCUGCGGGCUUACACAAAAGCUGGACAGCCUGUCUAGUCCCAAACUGAAGAGUCCUCCCGUUUUGGUUGGUGCUACCAAUGAGCCCGGCAACACUCCAAUGGAAACCCAAAAAACGGUGCUGGCCGAGAUAUCGCUCAACAAUGCAAAGCCGGAUUACAAUAGCCCGACCGCAGCGAGCAGCAAUGGCAAUGGCGGGGGAAUGGGAGGAGGAGGAGGAGCAGGAGGAGGACAUGGCAUUGCCAAUGCCAAUGCCACUGCAGAUGGACCCGGUGCUUUGGCUCUCAAUGGAUAUUUGGCCACAGCCCAGCAGUUGCCCCAGCAGCAUGGCAUCAGCGUGGAGGCCCUAAUGGAACGCAUGAAGGUGCUGUCCCAGAAACAGGACGAGUGCAGCGAGGCCGAGCUGAGCAGCCGCUUCCAAAAGGUGGAACAGCAGAAUGCCGAGCUGCCGGCCGUGGCCCCUGAGGUGGUGGUUGCCCUGCCAACGAAUCUUUCGCAUUACGUGGACGAUGCAGGCUUCAUUUACCAGGACUUUGCCAGACGCGGCACCGAAAACAUCAAUACGUUUCGCAUACAGGACUACUCGUGGGAGGAUCACGGCUACUCGCUGGUAGAUGGGCUUUACAACGAUGUGGGCACCUAUUUGGAUGAGAAAUUUCGGGCUGCCUACAAUCUCACCUACUGCACCAUGGGCGGCAUCAAGAAUGUGGACACAUCCAAAUUUCGCAGGGCCAUUUGGAACUAUAUACAGUGCAUCUAUGGCAUACGUCACGAUGACUACGACUAUGGUGAAGUGAAUCAGCUCCUCGUGCGUCCUUUGAAGAUGUUUAUUAAGACAGCCUGUUGCUUUCCCGAGCGUAUUACCACCAAGGAUUAUGAUAGUGUGCUUGUCGAGCUGCAGGACAGUGAAAAGGUUCAUGUGAAUCUAAUGAUAAUGGAAGCCCGUAAUCAGGCCGAGUUACUCUAUGCUCUGCGCGAGAUAAUGCGCUAUAUGACUUGAUCUCAUUAAGUGAAUAAACAUACGUAUAUAUUACACACCCACACACCCCCACAUUACACACUACACCCACACAUAUACACACAUAUACAUGCAUAAAACAUUUUGUUAUUUUGAGAGCGCAUCAAAAACAGCGAAAAGAACGGAAACGGAAAACAGAAACAACUAAAUAAAAACACUUGUUUGUGCAAUAAGAUAAAUCAAUGUUGCUUUAAAACCACAUAGACAGCUUAAAUAUAUCGGUGUGAAUUCAAUUAAUGUAAAACGUUUUUACUAUUCAAUUAAACAAUAGUCUGUGUCUAUGGUUAACCAACAAUUUAAUACACACAAAAAAGCAAAGAUAAACUAUUUGUAAAAACCCUAAGCUGAGCUCUGUCUGUUUCUUUUCGUAAAUGCGCAAGCAAUAAUCACUGUACAUAUGUAUUAUGUUUUGUUUAAUUAUUUUAGCGAAAUAAAUACAAUUUUUAUUUUAA